AUGAAACAGAUGAAGAGAUCCAUUGUACAAUUAGCCAAGGCUCAAACUAAGUCUACCACUGCUGCUGCCUUCUCCAACACCUUUGUUAAUCAACAACGUACCAAGAAGGUUGAUGUUAAGGUCAAGAAACUUUUCAUUGGUGGUGAAUUUGUUGAAGGAAAGGAAGGAAAGAAAUUCUCUGUAUACAAUCCAGCAACUGAAGAAGAAAUUUGUCAAAUUUCCGAAGCCACUGCUGCUGAUGUUGAUGAUGCAGUUCGUGUUGCUAGAAAUACCUUUGAAAACGUCUGGAGAAAUUAUGCACCAUCCCAACGUGUUCGUCUCAUGAAUAAGUGGGCUGAUUUGAUUGAAAGAGAUGCUGAUUAUAUUGCUGAUUUAGAAUGUAUUGAUAAUGGUAAGCCACGUGAUAUGGUCAGAAAUGUUGACAUUUACUUGGUUCUCCAAUGUAUUAGAUACUAUGCUGGUUGGGCUGAUAAGAUUAACGGUAAGACCAUUCCAGUUGACUCUGACUUCUUUGCCUACACUCAAAGAGAACCAGUUGGUGUUUGUGGUCAAAUUGUUCCAUGGAAUUUCCCAUUGUUGAUGGCUACUUGGAAGUGGGCACCAUGUUUGGCAACUGGUAACGUUUCCAUUUUGAAGACUGCUGAACAAACUCCAUUGUCUGCAUUGUACGUUGCUAAAUUGGCUCAUGAAGCUGGAUUCCCACCAGGAGUCAUUCAAGUUUUGAGUGGUUUUGGUGAAACUGUUGGUAAUGCAUUGACUCAUCACAUGGAUGUUGAUAAGAUUUCAUUCACUGGUAGCACUGAAGUUGGUAAAAAGAUUCUUGGAGCUUCUUCCAAGACUAAUUUGAAGAGAGUUACUCUUGAACUCGGUGGUAAAUCAGCAUUGAUUGUCAUGGGUGAUGUUAAGGAUCGUGCCACUCUUGAAAAGGCUGUCAAUAUUGCCAAUCAAGGUACCUUCUUCAAUCAAGGUCAAGUUUGUACUUGUUCAUCUCGUGUCUUUGUUGCCUCCAAUAUUUAUGAAGAUUUCUUGAAGAUUUCUAAGGAACUUGCUGAAAAGAGAGUUGUUGGUAACCCAUUCGAUUCCAAGACUGAACAAGGUGCUCAAGUCAGUGAAGAACAAUUCAACAAGAUUAUGAGCUACAUUGAAUAUGGUAAGAAUAAUACUAGACUUGUCACUGGUGGUGAACGUGCCCAUGCCAAGGGUUACUUUGUUAAGCCAACUGUCUUUGCUGAUGUUGAAGAUACUCAUAAGAUUGCUCAAGAAGAAAUCUUUGGACCAGUUAUGAGUGUUUUGAAGUUUGAUCAUGAUAAUGUUGAAGAUGCUAUCAGAAGAGCCAACAAGUCUGAAUAUGGUUUGGCUGCUGGUGUCAUUACUCAUGAUCUCAACCAAGCUCACAGAGUUACAUCGGGUCUUAGAGCCGGAACUAUUUGGGUAAACACAUGGAAUGCUUUCUUCAGUAAUAUUGAAUUCGGUGGUUACAAGAUGUCUGGUCAAGGUAGAGAUUUGGGUGAACAUGCUUUGGAUGAAUAUACUGAAAAUAAGUCUGUCAUUACUCAUAUCCCAGGUUUGAAACGUCCAUACAAGUUUUAAAUUAUUUUGAAUAAAUGGUAUUGUAAAAUCAAAUAUUCAAGC